AUGAGUAAAUAAUAAUAAAAUUCAUAUGCCAAAAACAUAAUACCCAAAAUAAAUAUUUUAAAUUUAAAAUUUGAUAAAAAAUAAAAUCAAUAAAACCAAAUUUUGAUAAUAAUUGCUUAAAUUUUAAAGAGAGCAGCUUUAAUAGAAUAACCUAAUUCUGAAGCUCCGUGUAUUCUAAUUUAACUAUAGCUUUUCAUGAAUACCAAGUAUUGA